AUGGAGCACAAAAUUGACCGAAUAUCCGAAUUGCCAGAACCUGUUCUAGAGCACAUUCUCUCAUUCAUCCCCUUGAAGAAAAAAAAUCUCCAGCUUAGUACAUUCCCCAUUCCAGAAUUUGAUCAUAUUUUUUCGGAAUUUAAUCCAUUUCGUGUUGAAAAACUGGGCAAUAUUUCAAACAAUGAGAAAAAGCAAACAAUCCGGAGAAAGAAAGACGACUUCAGAUAUUUUGUGGAGAGAGUUUUACAAAGCCGUUAUAGGCGAAGGCUAAGUAUAAACAAGUUCAAGCUCAUGAUGAUCUUGGAUCAUGAAUCGGAUUGUGCUCUUGUGGACAGUUGGAUUGGCUACGCAAUUGAAAGAAAUGUCAAAGAGAUUUAUCUCGAAAUUGUAUCUCUGUUUGAGAGUGUUCUAACAGCAAAAUCAAUAACUGAGUUGAAUUUGGUUGCGAUUAAGUUGGACUCAUUUUAUAGUGAAGUUAACUUAUCAUCUUUGAGAAAGUUAUCGUUGUAUGCAGUUCGUGUGGAGGAUCACCAGUUUAUCCAAACUCUACUUACUGGUUGUCCUGUGGUGGAAGAAAUAUCACUCGAGGUUUGUCUUGGGUUGAAGAGUAUACGUGUAUCAGGUCUUCCUAAACUUAUGGCCCUUAAGCUGACAGAUAAACAUGAUCUUGAGAGGGUUGAGGUGCAAGCAUCAACAACCCUUCAAUCUUUACACAUCCAUAACCAUAAACCAUGCAUGCAGAUGAACCUAGCCCCGUGUGAAAACCUAAAGAAGUUAGUGUUAUGUGCACCCACCACAACAGACAAAUGGUUGCAUGAGGUUCUUCUUAAACAUCCACUCAUAGAGUAG